AUGGAAGCAAACAAGGAACAUGCCUUGGCAAAGAUGCUAAUAUAUGCUGAUUUCCCAACAAAAUUCGUCUGGGUCUCAAAGCAGCGGCAAUGGAGAAUACGACAACAAGGUUUUGCCAUAGGCAGGCUGGUGUAUGUCUCACCUUCCGUUGAAGACGCAUAUCAUUUGAGGAUUCUUCUCAAUAUAGUAAAGGGCCCUGAGAGUUUUGAUGAUAUAAAAAAAGUUAAUGGUGUUAUAUACUCUUCUUUCCGAGAAGCAUGCUUUGCGCUUGGUUUGUUAGACGAUGAUAAAGAAUACAUCGAAGGAAUUAAAGAGGCCAGUUUUUGGGGAACUGGAAAGUUUCUUCGUAAACUUUUUGCUAUAGUGCUUCUUUCGAGUAGUGUAGCAGUUCCGAUCAACGUCUGGAAUGCUACUUGGAAAAUAUUAACUGAGGAUUUCUUAUAUCAUAAAAGGCGUGAAGAGAAUGACCCAGGUUUGGUGUUGACUGAAGCCCAAUAUAAGAAUCUUGGUUUGUCAGAUAUAGAGAAGUAUAUGCGCAGAAACGGUCAUUCAUUAUCCGACUAUAAAGGAGAGAUGCCAGUCCCUGAUGAUAUUGGAAAGUAUAAGAAAUCAAAUCAUCUAAUCCGGGAUGAGAAAUCAUACGAUCGUACAAAGCUUGCAAACGAUCAUGUCAAGUUGUUUUCAACAAUAACCAAUGAACAGAAGGAUAUCUACCAUGAGAUAAUGGAUGCAGUUACAAGAGGUAUCGGUGGAAUGUUUUUUGUUUAUGGAUAUGGUGGGACAGGUAAAACGUACCUAUGGAGGCUUUUAGGCGCUGCUCUUCGUUCUCAAGGGAAAAUAGUUCUCAAUGUUGCAUCAAGUGGCAUUGCAGCAUUGUUAUUAGAGGGAGGAAGAACAGCGCAUUCUCGGUUUGGAAUACCCAUAGUUGUGAACGAGUAUACAUUCUGUAAUGUGAGUUCUGGAUCACACCAAGCAGAGUUGAUUGAAGCAGCCGAUCUUAUUAUAUGGGAUGAGGCUCCGAUGAUGAGCAAGCAUUGUUUUGAGACAUUGGAUCGGACUAUGCGUGAUAUACUAAAGUGUGAUAAGGUAUUUGGUGGAAAGGUCGUUGUUUUGGGUGGUGACUUUCGACAAAUACUCCCUGUUAUUGUCGGAGGCAACAGCUCAGAGACUAUAUUGGCAACUGUGAAUUUUUCUCAUAUUUGGUCUGAUUGCAAAGUUCUGCAGCUAAAGACAAAUAUUAGACUGCUUCAUGGCGAUAAUGAUUUCAAUAAUCAAGAGAUUGAAGAAUUCGCCAAGUGGAUCUUGGAUAUUGGUGAUGGAAAACUAAAUAUUCAUGAUAUCAUAGAAGAUGAAUUAGAAAUUCCAGCGGAUUUGCUGAUAAGCGGAGAAGGUGAUCCUGUUAAGAGAAUAGUCUCGGAGAUUUAUGGUCAAUCUUACACAACCACCCGUGAACCAGUUUUUUUUCAGGAAAGGGCAAUACUCAGUCCACGGAAUCAGGAUGUCGACGUUAUCAAUGAAUUCAUGCUAUCAGAACUCAAAGGUGAGGAACAUGAAUACCUUAGUGCCGAUAGCAUUGAUACUUCAGACACAAGCAAAAUAGACGAAGUCGUCUAUACACAGGAGUAUCUUAAUAGUAUAAAGGUAUCAGGACUGCCGAAUCAUUCUCUCAAGUUAAAGAUAGGAGCUCCAAUAAUGUUGCUUAGAAAUAUUGAUCCAAAGGGUGGUUUGUGUAAUGGUACAAGGUUGCUUAUUACUCGGUUAGCUAGGCAUGUAAUUGAGGCAAGCCAUAUAACCGGGAAGAAAAUAGGAAAAAAGGUUAUCAUACCUAGAAUGUUUGUGUCACCACCAGAAGCAAGGUUUCCUUUUAGAAUGCGCCGGAGGCAGUUUCCAAUUACCAUAGCUUUUGCUAUGACUAUAAACAAAAGUCAGGGUCAGACUCUACAAAAGGUGGGAUUAUAUUUGCCAAAACCAGUGUUCUCCCAUGGUCAACUUUAUGUCGCCGUGUCUAGAGUUACAUCACGCCAAAGGUUGAAGAUUCUUAUUACAGAUAAGAAUGGCAAAGCACAAAAGAAGACAAUGAAUGUUGUUUACAAAGACGUGUUUGAAAACAUUUAUCGAAAUUCGCGGUGGGCUGAGCACAGCCCCUUUUUCAUGAUUUCAACUAAGCCCAUCAGUGAUUCGGCAAGGCCCGACGAAGUCAAGGAUCAUUAA